GCCCUUGAGUCACAUUACUUCCUGAAUCUGUAUUGAAAACAAAUGUAGUAUCAUGAACUCAUUUCCUAUAUAAAUGUGGUAUAGUUUUGAUUUUCUUAUCAUAUAAGAAUGAUUUACAGCUAGAGUGGAUUAUAUUGUGAAGAAUGGAACGAGUUACAGCUGUUGUCACGAUCCUCGUUUUGACAAGUUUGAUUUCGGGAAGUCUUUGCCAAAAUCAUUAUCAUGAAGUAAACGCAGAUUUGAAACCAGCCAAACCAUCUGUAAUCAAAGUACAAGGCAACAGCAGAGUAAAUCUUACAAUCAAGUCUAUCCCAGUCGAUACAACUCAUGUUGUGUGUCAAUUACACACUCAUAAAGAUCCGUUGAGUUUAUCCCUCAGCCCGACCCUGUCUCCAGAUGUCACAGAGACGGAAACAGAUAUGGGUGUGACUACAUUGCUGUCAAAGAAUCAAAAAGAUAUGUUCUGGUACCUCAAGUCUGAUCACAACCAUACCGUGGAAGCGCUAGUUACUGUUAUCUUGUAUACCUGGAAAGAUCCUAUACCCGGGGGUUGCAACUCUGAGUACACUUUUGAAAAUGAUCCAAGUUUCCACCUUUCAUUUGACUCUUCUAAGACCAAGACCAAGUUCCAGUGGUCAAGCCAUUGGAGAAAUCGGUCAACGAACCCUGGUCCUGACGAUUGUGAACACUUAUCCAAUCCAUUGCAAUAUGACAUGUAUGUUUACUAUCUUCCUGGUGGAGACUUCUCUCAGGAGAAACACUUUGAUGGGAUACAGAAAAUGAUGACUGUGGCUGAUGUGUUACAGAACGGAAAGAAGAUAAGCAACAUAAAGGAUGACAAGACAACAACCGUAUCCGAGUUUACGAUAACAUCCUAUACUGGUCAGGGCACGAUCUACAAUGUCAUCGUCACAGAUACCAGUACGGGUGUGGUGUCGAGGGCGGCCUACAUCCCCACCACUACUUACGUGUGUGAUCUGAACAACACGGACAGCUGUCACAUGAUAGGAAGUGGAGGAAAGGUGUUGGCUGUCAUCGGAGGAGUGUUAGGCCUAUUUUUUAUUAUACUAGGGCACAGAUUCUUCAAGACAUCAACCUUCCUGGCACCAUUUCUUGGUUUUGGACUGAUAUCUGUCAUCCUGUUUGAACGUUUCACUACUCAGUCUAUAUUAGUUGUAUUGGUGUUGAGUGCUGUGGUUGGAGUUGUCCUGGCGACAGGAUGGCUGGCGUUUUGGUGGUGGCACGGAGUCCACACCAUAGCUGUCUUACUGACUGGUUUGACAUCUGGUUACAUCAUCUCCAGUAUCCUUUUCUUCAGUCCAUUAGGAAACCUGAACUAUUGGAGUCGAGAGUUUAACUACGGAAUGUCAUUCACCGUGGGCAUACUUAUUAUACCUGUUGCACUGCUUUACUGGACCAAACAACUGAGUAUCCUGUCUUGUACAUUCCUGGGUGGCUACUUGGUUUGUAUCACUGUGGAUGUUUUCGUGGACAGUGGUUUUAAAAAUAUCAUCCUGAACUCUUUGCGACAUGCCGCGGAGCCAAACUACCUGUCUGUGACAGUAACAGGGCCCUAUCUUACAACAGAUAUUGGACUGACAUUGCUGUGGGCAUUUUUUUUUGUCGGAGGGUCAAUAUUCCAACUACUUAGGGAACGUGGCAAACCAGAUUUCCCAGAAUCAACGUGGAGAAAUCGAAGACGGAGCAGACGUUUGGAAAUUGAGGAAGAACGACAGUCUUUACUGGGUAAUGGUCGUCCCACACUGUAUGGUCAGUCUGGCCAAAUGGUCAGCACACAGAGGACAGAAAUGUCCUUACCAGAGACCUAGCUGAAGGAUAAAAUGAUAUUAACAAUUUAACAUAAUACCGUAACAUAACCAGGAUUACUGAAUUGUUAUUUCUAAUUUUGUGUACCAUCAUACCUUGGGGACUGUGAUUGUAUGCACAUAAUGUAUUUUUGUUUGUUAAAUAAGAACUUGUAUAAUUUCACUGAUGCUGUAAUACUUUUCUCCCACAACUGUAGGUUUCCUCACUCCCUGACUCAUUAGAUAAACCUGCUAGGAGUUGGUAAACAUUUUUUGUUACCCCUAGUGGGUAACACCCUAGACGUGAUUUUAUUGUCACGUAACCAUGCUUUCAACAUCAUUUUCAUGUGGAUUUCUAGAUAAAAUACGAACGUUAUGGAAGAAACAGUUUCAUGUGGAUUUCUAGAUAAAAUGCGAACGUUAUGGAAGAAUCAGUUUCAUGUGGAUUUCUAGAUAAAAUACGAACGUUAUGGAAGAAACAGGUUCAUGUGGAUUUCUAGAUAAAAUACGAACUUUAUGGAAGAAACAGUUUCAUGUGGAUUUCUAGAGAAAAUACGAACGUUAUGGAAGAAACAGGUUCAUGUGGAUUUCUAGAUAAAAUACGAGCGUUAUGGAAGAAACAGUUUCAUGUGGAUUUCUAGAUUAAAUACGAACGUUAUGGAAGAAACAGUUUCAUGAGGAUUUCUAGAUAAAAUACGAACGUUAUUGAAGAAACAGUUUCAUGUGGAUUUCUAGAGAAAAUACGAACGUUAUGGAAGAAACAGGUCCCCAAACUCGUGAUGAUUAGUUAUCACGUUUAUCUUACUCUCCUUAGUUAAGUUUUAAAUUAUGAAAGACACUCUGUAACCCUUAAUGUGUCUUUAUACAAUUUGAAGAUUAACUUACUUGAGUUAGAUAAACAUGAUAACCAACCAUCACUCGUUGGGGAACCUAUAUAUAUAUAUAACUAAUUAAAAUGACUACAGCACUACCACUCUCUAGAGUAUCCUAGAUUACAACAGUUAUUCAGGUAGGGUAUCAUAAAUUACAGCAAUACUGUCGAAGUUCAAUGCGACAAUCCAUAGGGUAUCUAUAUUUGCUGUGAUACUUGUAGGUACACUUCAUGUAUCACAGUAAUAUUACUUAAGGAUCUAUUUAGUUGUUUGUGCCAUUGUAACAAAUAUUUCAUCUUCUCAUCAAGCCUAAAUAUAUCCCAUAUGUAGCAUACAUAUAUAUUUUUAUAUUUUACCUCAUACAAUGUAUGUUGUCAUGUCAUUCAUGAUAGACCCACCUGAUCACUAUUUUCCUGUACAUGUGCAGACAAUGACUUCAGUUUCAUUUUGUACAUAAUGUAUAUAUUCUGACGUCGAUGUGCUACAAUUUGUAGGAGUAGCCUCCCUUGUCACACUAAGAUGGAUUCAUGUCGGACUAGUUCGCCUUAUGAUCGGUAUAGAAGGGGGUAGUAUAUUAACUGGUCAAAUAUGAUUUUUCUGCCUUUUUUCCACAGGGGCCGUUGUAUUUUCAGUUGAGAAAAUGUUAUGUCAUAGAGUCUAUACUGGAGAUUAAAGAACAUAAAAACUAUGCAACAAUCAAAACUUACAUUAAUGCAUUUAAUGUAAAAAAAUAUUAGAAAACGAAUAUUUGUGGGCUUGCGUAGAUGCAUUCAUAUGCAUUUACAAAUUAAAGAAACAAAAUCACUUCAACUUGGUGUUAUUUUGGGAAAAAUAAAGCUUAAUUUCUCUAAAGAAAAAAAGAAAAAAAGACCAUAAAAUGUCAGGUCUGUCAUCCAAACAGGUAUACAGGUAUACAUAUGCCUCAGCAUCACUUCAGUCUAUAUGCAUCAUUUUUGUUGACUGAAGUGACUAUUAACUGCCAUAUAACCCUCAGCACUAUACCAUAUUAUCUAUUAUAUAUUGUAAUCACUCACCUUUACCACGAUAGCAACCAAGUGUAUCAUCUGGGUUCAACUGUUAAAAUGGACACCGAUUCUUUAGAAUGAUUUUCCACAACUUUAUUGUGCAACGUGUUUUAAAAGGGGGU